CCCGCCCAUUCCCCACCACCCUCCCUCCCUCCAUUACUAUUCCACUCCAGCUCUCGAGAAUACAAACUCCUCGAGAAUUUUCCCUCCUUUUCUUUUCUCCAUAGAUUCUGUUCUUGCAUCCAUCCAGUUCUUGCCUCCCAUGAUGCUUCGACUGAUUGGAGUCGUUUGAUGACAUCAGCUGCCUGCUCCGCUUCCUCGGGCUCCUUGCUCUGUUUCUUGAUUUGAGGCAGAGCAGGGCGGGAGACAGAGGAGGGAGGUGUCGGCGGCGAUGCCGGACUCGGACAACGACUCCGGCGGGCCGAGCAACGCGGGUGGGGAGCUUUCGUCGCCGCGGGAGCAGGACCGGUUCCUGCCGAUCGCCAACGUGAGCCGGAUCAUGAAGAAGGCACUGCCGGCGAACGCCAAGAUCAGCAAGGACGCCAAGGAGACGGUGCAGGAGUGCGUCUCCGAGUUCAUCUCCUUCAUCACCGGCGAGGCCUCCGACAAGUGCCAGCGCGAGAAGCGCAAGACCAUCAACGGCGACGACCUGCUGUGGGCCAUGACCACGCUCGGCUUCGAGGACUACGUCGAGCCGCUCAAGCACUACCUCCACAAGUUCCGCGAGAUUGAGGGCGAGAGGGCCGCCGCGUCCUCCGGCGCAUCCGCCUCCAUGGCUUCCCAUCAGCAGCAGCAGCAGCAGAGCGAGAUGCCAAGAAACGCUGCCAAUGCCGGCGGAUACGCUGGGUACGGCGGUCCAGGCGCCAGCGGCAUGAUGAUGAUGAUGGGGCAGCCGAUGUACGGCUCGCCGCAGCAGCAGCCUCCGCCGUCGCAGCAGCAGCAACAACAACACCAACAGCAUCACAUGGCAAUGGGAGGGAGAGGGGGUUUCGGCCAGCCUGGCGGCGCCCCGGGCGGUUCCUCGUCGUCGUCGGGGCAUGGCCAGCAAGACAGGGCGUGAGUUGCGACGAUGCGCUUACUACGCUGAUACGAGUCCAAAUGAGUUCAUGUUAUCUGAUUGACACCUUGUUAUGCAUGGUUGCUAAAUGCUAAUUAAUCUGAGGCUCCGCUCUUGCAA